GUGAUUCGGUGCACGGUGCCGCAACGAGAUUCCCAUCUUUCCCGGCCGCGCCGCGGUAGAGCGAUAGAAGAGGGGCGGUACGGCGGUACGGCUGACCGGUCGACCGUCGACCGUGAGGUCCGAAGGCAAAUGGUGUCGCGUCACGAGAGCGCGAUCGUACGGUGUGAUCGAACGCGGUAAUGAGAGAGCUGUCACGGUGCAACGGCGCGGCAACGGAGCGAAUCCUCCACAAUGGUGGAUAACAGUUGCAUUAUCGAGGGGAACGUCAAGUUUCGCGACGGCAAGAAGUGGAAGUCAAGAUGGUGCGUUAUGCGGAAAUUAUCACCAGUAGCAGAUUGCUUGCAUUUGCAACUUUAUGGGGAUAGUAAGGAUCGUUACAAGCAAGGUCAAACAAAAGCGUCCCUAAGCUUGCAACACUUUUUGGGAGUGGAGAGUGGUUUCACACUUGACAAAGAAUCCAAUACGAUUGCUAUAAUUUGCCAAGAUGUGACAGUCGUUCUCGCAUUUGAUACGCGAGAGCGAUUGAUACAGUGGCAAGUUAAGAUCUCGAAUAAUUUAGGUGAAGAUCAGCAAUUCUUGAUACUCAUCUCCUCGGUACCAUCAAAAGCGAAAUUCACUAAUGGGCCAGCGCAUUUGCAUAUUCAGGACCGUCGUUUCUGCAUCACCAUCGGCGUGCCUCCUCGACUCGUCGGUAUCUGGGAAAUUGCGCAUCUCCGACGAUACGGUGUAGUCGAAGGCAGAUUUUGUUUCGAGGGUGGUUCGAGAUGCGGUCGGGGGGAGGGACUGCACGUUCUAAUAACCGAUCAAGGGGACGAUAUAGUCAGGACGUUGCAUUUGGCAGCCGAGGGAAAGCUUACUACGAAGAAGCGAUCGCCGCUUGGUAGAGAACUGUCGACGCAAGACAGCCCAGGGCGACGCCAGUGUUCUCGCGCCGAGACUAGAGCCAGCGAUUUCUUCUCUUCGGUCGUAUACUCAACGUCAACAUAUGAGGAACCCUGCGACAGCUGCAAGAAUGAGAGCUCACCGUAUUGGUCAUCCGCGGAGAGUAGACAGCAGACGGAGCUUGACGGCGAUUACAGCUGCAGAGACACGAUGUCCAUUUCAGAGUUACCUGAUCAGCAGCCUGGUGGCGAGUGGCGUAGUUGUUCGCUCACUCGUCAAGGUGCAACGGGCCUCGAGAGAUGCGCAAGUUGCAUCAGUAAACUCGGUACUGUUUCGAAAUCAUCAACCUUAAUCACCACGGCUACUAUAAGCGGCAUAAGUAGUCCCGCUGCGAGCACGUUGAACAAUUUAUGUCACUUACAACCCCGUACUUUCGACCGGCUUUCUUUGUCCUCCUACAGCAGCAGUAGUCAUGAGAGCGAUUAUUCUAGCUCGCAACAAAUCGAGUGCCAGUGUGGGCAGUCCAAAACCGCCCAGUCUCAGACGGCACAAACGACGACGACGGCUCGUCAAAUGUCACCGAGCCCGAGCAUGUUACCGCCGAGACCGCCGAAACCGUCCCAACCAUCUUCACUGCCAACAACUAGCCAGUCCGUCAUUGCCAAGAAACCUAAAAAACCACCAAUGCCACUGCCUACCGAACAGCAAAUCUGUGUGCACGCUCGAAAACAACCAACUCUGCAGACUCAGCAACAAUCCCUACAAUCUCAACAACAAUCCCAACAACCCGUAGCACGCGGUACUGCGGGACCUUACGAGAACUAUGACAUUCCGAAAACGAUUCUGGGACAUCAUAUGCUAUUGGAGCAAGGUCCGCAACCGGAACAGUAUUACGAUACACCAAGGAAAAUAAAAGAAUGUCUCACAUUGCCGAAAACUUAUCCUAAUUACGAUACACCUCAGGUGCCGCAGGCUGUGGUCCUGCAAGGAUGUGGAUGUCCUGCGAAACUCACAGUACAGUCACCUAGAUCUUCGGGAUGUCCUUGUCACAAUGUUAUGAGCUGGGCCGGCUUUGUUUUACCUUACUGCCGACGCGGUGCGGGAAUUGAACCUACCGGUGUCACGGUUCAUCCCGUAAAGCUUUCAGGUGAGGGCAAAAUGCCAGUGGUAAAUGCCAGUGGAGAAGUUGCCAUUUAUGCAACAGCCAAAAGAAUAAAUAAAAAUGAUUUAACUGACGAGAAAGUUACGGGGAACUGCGGCUGUGCCACGGAAAAUAAAUCGAACAAUUACGAAAACGUUGAACCAGUAAUAGACACGCAACCGGAAGCAAAGCAAGCGAAUUAUGUGAAUAUUGAUUUUACUCAAUCACUAGAACAUUACGAGAAUAGCAAGGAUGUUUUAACGAAGAGUAGUAUCUCGCAGGAAGAGAUUGAGAAAUUCGCGAAUCAAUUGAAAGAACCAGCACCCGAAGCGCCGAGUGACAAUGCUUCGAAGAUUUGCGAAAAAUGCGGUCACGCGAAGGAAAAGGAAAACGAUUAUCUGGUCAUGGAUCCGGACAAACAAACUCCGAAGAAAUCAUUCCCCGCUUAUUUACCGAUGCAACCGGCUCACAACGCUUGUUCAAAGGAGAUUUUGUCAAGACUUUGCAGUGGUAUUAAGAGUUCCAGCAAUCCGACAUUAUCGGGAUCCACAUUGCUCGAGGUGAAUAAGAAACGUUCUGACUCGGAGUAUCGGGUGCCAGGAUCGGCAAUGUUGUCCAGCCCGUACCUCAGGCGUCGUUUUCUGGACGUGGGUAAUAUUGAGUCCGGUGGUAGCAUAGGUAUACUUCUCAGGAAACGAUCUUAUUCUGCGGAAUCCGCACAUUACCUGGACGACGAGAGCCACACUUUUCCGUCCACGCUUACCAUCCACAAGUGCUCGAGCGAAACGGAUAAGAAUUCUUUAAUAACCGGCGAGUCGCAUAACUCAUGCAACUCUGAAAGCAAGAUCAGUAGUAAUCACGACAGUGGGCAGAUAUUGACAGUUGCGUCUCAGCCGUCGUUCAUUAAGAUCCGACGCUCAUCGUCCGUACCAUCCAAGACCGGGCAUAAUAGAGAUUCUUCGAGCAGCAACGAUUCUGGCGUCUCUACCGGUUCUCUGAGUCACCGAACAGCAGAGUUUGUGGAGUUUGAGUUAUCAUUGGCGGCACCCGCCGCCUCGGCAGUAAAGCAGAAUAUGUUAUCUAUCUGUAGCAAAAGCCCACCGCCCACAUGCUAUCACAGCAGCCUGCCGAGGAAGUCUAAAUCCAGCGAUCCUCUCCGUGAAAUUUCCUUUCAGUUCCAGAAGAUCAAGAUACCAACGAAAUCUUCAUCCGCGGAGGCCGAUAUACCCACGUGUUUACCGAAGACCACGAAGGGCUUCAACAGCCCCGGUGAAGUUUCUAAUGCACCUUAUAUCGACUCACGAAGUACUAGCAGCGGUACCUCCGACAUGUCAGAUUACAUCGAAACUUUGUCGUUGUCUUCACACUCUUCGUCCGAUACGCCUGACAGCCUUAGAUUAGGAGGCAGAACGGUAGCAACGACUCUUCGACCUCGUAGCGGAAAGGAGUACUAUAAGAUUGAUCGAAGUAUCUUGGUGGAACAGGGACGGAUUCUCACAACGGCAUCUGCUAAUUAUGCAAAUAUCACUCCAGUGUUAGAAAAGAGCGAGUCGCCAUCACCUGGUUAUAUGAGUAGUUCACCCUUUGAGCAACCACAACCUACUCGUGAGCAUUUUCUAUUCCCCGAAGAAGCUUGAAUAAUAUUGUUUGGGAAAGAGAAUUAAAAACUUCAAGUUCCUAGGAAUUCCAAACAAAAUGAGUAAGAAUAUUCACGGUAGAAAUUAUAAUUGGGGCAUUGUGACUAUUUACACUAUACGCGGAUAUCUGGGGUUACUUACAAGCACUCUUUCGAAAUCAUUAGAUAUAUACCAAUAUAUACGUAGUAUAGUAUGCCAAAUAAUCAAAAAUUUAUAAUUCUUAAGAACACGAGAGCGCUCUUUAAUCAGAUUCGGACGUUCGUUUCAUUGAUGUUUUUGUAAAGUCUUCCUCUAAAGAGCACAAUCAUAAUCUUAAAAAAUGUAAAAAAAAGAAACAUCAAUCUAUAAAAAUCUAGGUACUAGCGUAUAGUUGAAAUAACGUCAGUAAUCAAACACUUCCUAC